UUCACAUGGAGGACUACCUCAAAACCCUAUCCUUUCGUUGAUUUAAACCUCACCCCAAGUCUGCUUCUAUCUCAUGUUACCGUUGACUUUUAAAUCUCUAUCACCGGCCCCCAAAUAACAACUGCCUCUUCCCCAUAGCUAUGGCUGAUCUUCAAACCCCUUCAAUCACCCUCUGCUCAGAUUUUCCGGGGCCAUGAAUGGGACAGCGGACUCCGGUGGCUUUCUGGGGUCCAACAACAUUGGUGGCUUGGGAUAUGGGAUCGGAGUAUCUGUGGGGAUACUCUUACUCAUCACAACCAUCACCUUGGCCUCGUACUUCUGCACCCGCCCCCAGCAGGUGCCUGCUGCCGCAUAUGGUGGUGGUGGUGGUCUACGUGAACAACAGCCUGUGGUGGAAGAGUUUGUGGUGGAUGUGGGGCUUGAUGAAGCCACCAUCUUGAGCUACCCCAAGAUGGUGUACUCUGAGGCUAAGCUGCAGCACAAGGACUCAACAGCGGCCUGCUGCUCCAUUUGCUUGGCGGAUUACAAAGGCAGUGACAUGCUCAGGCUGUUGCCUGACUGUGGACACCUCUUCCACCUCAAGUGUGUGGAUCCAUGGCUGAGGCUGCACCCAACCUGCCCCGUUUGCAGAACAUCUCCCAUGCCAACUCCCCUGUCUACUCCACUGGCUGAGGUGGUGCCCCUGGCAACCAGGAGAGAUUGAUUCAUGAAGAAACAGAGAAAUUAUCGAACAUGGGGUGUUUUUCUUUUUCCUUUUGCUGAUCAUCUGUACAACGUAGAAUAUUUCUCAUCAUGUUAUUCUAUAGAGAAAUUUCUUGGGAUUCUUUGAAUACAUGUACUUUCGGAUCAAAAUCUGGUGUCAUGCAGUCAUCAAAUUGCAGGAAAUUGAAAAAACCACAAAUUCUUGAAGCAGGGGCAUUGGUUUGAUACAAGAUUGGAUUGAUUUAGAACAAGAUGAAUCAGAACCGGGGGACUGACGCAUGUUUCAAUAUUUACCGAAAAUACAAUAGACAAAGGUACAGGGAUUCAGCUAUAGAAGCCUCAAAUAAUAGGGCAUGAUAGAUUCAAGGAAAUAAUUCUCUGAAUUGUUGGAAAUCUUUCUCCUUUAAGGAAGGGAGUUUUAGACGAAACUUUUCCUCCUUGUGAUAGUUUCGAAAAGCAAUGAUUUUUAAUUAUGCUUUUUCCCCAUUAUUUUGUAUUUUCCUCACUAGUAAUUUCGAAAAGUUAUAAACGGAUGUUAUUAAUUGGAA